AUGGUUGUUUUGGCCACUGAUGGUUUCAGUUGCGAUUAUUCCAAAGAGGAUUCAGUAUUGCAAGAAUUCGGUCCAGAAAAAGCUGAUUUUCCCACAACUAACAGUCCAUGGGCUAUAGGACGAGGAGUUAAAAUGGCUCGUACUAUGGACGCGGUUCUAGUAGACAUGCAUAAUGUCCAGAUCCAUCCUACAGCAUUUGUCCGAAAGAUCCAGCAGCAGCGACGAAAUUUCUUGCCGCGGAAGUUCUCAGAGGAAAGGGUGCCAUUUGCUAAACAACAAAGGAUUGGGGCGUUGGAUCACAUUACCGAUAAAAUUUUGAAGUUCUGCGCUAAAAACGAGAAAGCUGGCGCUCAUACUGCUUUCAUGGUGAUGGAUGAUCAGCAAUUCGACAUUUUCGACGAAGUGCCGAAUUAUAUGGGAAUACAAUCGUCAAAACUGAAAGAAGUCUUGGAUAAGAUAACGAAUAUACUAAAUUAUUUUUGUCUAAGUAGUUUGAAUUCCAUUGAUGGCUGUUGUCGCGGCAUGUCUACAGGCAUAAUCUCAACCGACGCUAUUCAGGACGCAUUGCAACGCGCUAAAGAGCUCGCUGCUUCUUCACAUUCGAAUCCGCAGAAACGACCGAAUUCGGACGAUUCAUCUAACCGUACUGUAUCCAACCAAAAGGUUAAUAUCACUGGAAACACAAUGGACAUGGGCGGGAGCAUGCAAAUCUCAACACUUGGAGGUCCGGGUCACGUUGCUGCAGGCGGUAUGCCGCCAGUUGGAGGUGUUGGAGAAGUUGUUAUGGAAACAAUGGAGGUUCCGGACCACUGUGUUGGCCUUGGAAUGGUAGAUGUUUUCUGUAUGAUUGGCCGUGGUGGUGAACAAAUAUCACAGAUUCAGUCACAGACCAACUGCCGCGUACAAAUGUCACCUGAAUCAGAUGGGAACAAUGUGCGCCAAUGUACUUUACAAGGCAGUAAAAUGUCCGUAGAUCGCGCAAGGGCAAUGAUAAAUGAGGUAAUAGCUCGAGCAGGAAAUCGUCCUCCGCCGAACCGAGCAGGCCAUUUUGAUGGUGGUAUACCUGUUGGUACUGGCCGUCAAAUAACUCAAGAGAUGUUUAUUCCUGGUGCAAAAUGUGGCCUCGUAAUUGGAAAAGGAGGAGAAACAAUCAAAAAUAUUCAGGAGCAAACUGGUGUUAAAAUGGUUAUGAUACAAGAAAACCAAGAAAGUGGAGGACAACCAAAACCUUUGCGUAUUACUGGUGAUCCUGAAAAAGUAGAGAAUGCUCGGAGAAUGGUUGAAGAAAUUUUGCAGUCGCGUGAAGACCAUCCGCCUGGACAUUUCGGUUUCCCUGGAUCAUUCGGAAUAAGCGGUGGACAGCGUUCGAUUGGCGAAGUAAUUGUUCCUCGUGCUUCGGUUGGAAUGAUUAUUGGAAAAGGUGGAGAGACGAUUAAGCGUCUUGCUGCUGAAUCAGGAGCUAAAAUCCAGUUUAAACCUGAUAAUGAUCAGACAGCGCAGGAACGAUGUGCUGUCAUUCAGGGCACUGCUGAACAGAUUGCAAAAGCGACGCAGUUCAUUUCCGAACUCGUCAAAAAGAGUGGUGCUGCAGGUGGUGCGGAGAUGUUCUACAUGCACGUUCCAUCGAACAAAACGGGAUUGGUAAUUGGUAAAGGAGGAGAAACUAUUAAACAGAUAUGUGCGGAAAGUGGAGCACAUGUUGAAUUAUCACGAGAUCCGCCGCCGAAUGCAUCCGAGAAAGUUUUUAUUAUAAAAGGAACACCUUAUCAAAUCCAUCAUGCACAACAUAUUAUUCGUAUCAAGGUUGGUGAUAUUGCUCCAGGAACGCCAGUACCACAGUUUCAUGGACAGGGUGGUCCAGGAGCGGGUGGUGAUGCAUUUGGAGUUGGACAUAACACUGUAUCAAGUGCUCCUCAAGGAUAUGGUAAUGGUAACGCACAAUUUGCUGGCGCUGGCAUUGGUGGGCAAGCAGGAGCGCAAUGGAACACCACUUUUGGUCAUCAGCAAAGUGAUCCCGGACAAGCUGCUUGGAAUCAGCAGUAUUACGGACAACAAGGACAACAGCAACCUGGUUAUCAGCAGGGGGCGUACGCUACCCAAUAUCAGCAACCAGCACAACUGCAACCACAACCAGCGCAGACAAGUGCAGCUCCAGCAGUAAAUCCGCAAACAGGUCAACCUGAUUAUAGUGCACAGUGGGCAGAAUAUUAUCGUAGCAUGGGUAUGCAUGAACAGGCAGCCGUUAUCGAAAAUCAGCUGAAGCAAAAUGCUGCUGCUGCUGCUGUUGCUGCGCAACAACCAGCUGCACAAGCAAGACCUCAACAACCGGGAUAUGGUGUUUACGGUGCUCAACCAAUUACAGCACAAAAUCAGUUCAGUUACGGAACACCGCAAGCACAGCCUCAGGGUGGUUAUCAAUUCCAGCAACAAUAUUAA